AUAGAGCAUACCUACUAAUUUUUGUAAUAAUGGAGAAAGCAUUCACAUUUUUUCUCUUUACACUCUUGUUGCUUAUGGCUACUUCAGCCAUGACUCAAACCAACAUUACCACUGAUCAAUUGACUCUUCUUUCCUUAAAAUCUCAAAUCGUUUCAGACCCCUUUCACUUCUUGGACGAAAGUUGGUCUCUCACUAUGUCCGUUUGCCAUUGGGUUGGAAUCACUUGUGGCUUCCGCCACCAGCGAGUGAAGUCCUUGAAUCUUUCUAACAUGGCUCUUACGGGCAGGAUACCCCGUGAUCUUGGAAACCUCUCAUUUCUUGUUUCUCUCGACUUGGGAAGCAACAAUUUCCAUGGAAAUUUACCACAAGAAAUGGCACGCUUGCGUCGGCUUAAGUUUCUUGAUUUGAGUGUCAACAACUUCAGAGGGAAGGUUCCUUCUUGGUUUGGGUUUUUACACGAACUUCAAGUUCUAAAUCUUGGGAAUAAUAGUUUCACUGGUUCCAUACCUUAUUCAUUUUCUAAUAUUUCCAAACUUGAGACUUUGAAUAUGAAAUACAAUUCCAUAGAGGGCCAAAUACCAAAAGUGAUUGGAAGUCUUAUAAAUCUUAGAGAACUAAACAUGAGGGGUAACAAGCUCAUAGGUUCUAUUCCUCUGUCACUCUCGAAUGCCUCAAGGUUGGAGACUUUGGAGAUAUCUCAUAAUUCACUUCAAGGAAACAUUCCAGAAGGGAUCGGCAAUCUUCACAACAUGAAAGUGCUAUCCAUACAAGCUAAUCAACUUACGGGUUCUAUACCAUUCACAAUUUUCAAUAUUUCUAGGAUCGAAAUCAUUGCAUUUACUGUCAAUAGCUUAUCAGGAAAUCUCCCAAAUGGUUUAUGCAAUGGUCUCCCAAUACUCAAAGGGCUUUAUCUAUCCAAAAACAAUCUUCACGGUCAUAUGCCUAUAAGUAUGUCGAAUUGUUCACAACUUCAAAGAUUGUCUUUAUCAAUAAAUGAUUUCACAGGUGAAAUACCCAAAGAGAUAAGCAAUCUCAUUGAGUUGGAGCUACUAAGUCUUGCAGUUAAUAGUUUUAGUGGUUCACUCCCAAUGGAGAUCUUCAACAUAUCAGGGCUGAGAAUAAUUGAUCUUAUAGACAACAAUCUAUCAGGAAGCCUCCCACCAAACAUGUGUUCUAUCUUACCCAACAUUGAAGUGCUUUAUCUGGCCAACUUAACCAAUAUUGUUGGGACCAUUCCUCAUUCAAUCUCCAAUUGUUCAAAACUUAAAAUUCUUGAGCUUGCCAACAACAAACUCACUGGCUUGAUUCCCAAUUCUCUUGGAUAUUUGACUCAUCUACAAUUCCUAAACUUGGGGGAAAACAAUUUCACCAGCGAUUCAUCAUUAAGCUUCCUAACUUCCUUAACCAAUUGUAGAAAUUUAACAGUUCUUUAUCUACCUUUCAACCCUCUAAAUGGCAUGCUUCCAGCCUCCACGGGAAACCUUUCCACCUCUCUUAGAAAAUUUUACGCCAACAAUUGCAAAAUCAAAGGGCGAAUUCCAAAUGAAGUUGGGAACUUAAGCAGCUUAUUAGACCUUGAUCUUUCUGGAAAUAACUUGGUCGGAUCAAUUCCAACAUCAAUUGGCAACUUGAGAAACCUUCAACGCUUCAACUUGAGUAGCAACAAACUUACAGGAUUUAUUGGUGAUCAUAUAUGUAUAUUGCAGCAUUUGGGUGAUAUUUACUUGGGUCAAAAUCAACUUUCAGCAUCUCUUCCUAAUUGUUUAGGGAAUAUUACUUCCCUUAGGGAGAUACAUCUGGGUUCCAAUAAAUUGAGUUCCAAUAUACCACCAAGCUUAGGGAGCCUUCAUGAUCUAGUAGUUCUUGACUUAUCGUCAAACAACAUGGUAGGUUCUUUACCUCCAGGAAUUGGAAAUCUAAAGGCUGCCACACUGAUAGAUCUGUCAAUGAAUCAAUUCUCAAAUGAAAUUCCAAGAGAAAUUGGAGGAUUGCAAACUCUGGUGCACCUUUCUUUGAGAUGCAACAAGUUGCAAGGAUCUAUACCUGACUCAGUGAGCACCAUGUUAGGUUUGGAAUUUCUAGACCUUUCUCAUAACAAUAUAUCUGGAAUCAUUCCCAGGUCAUUGGAGAAACUUCAAAAUCUGAAGUAUUUCAAUGUUUCUGAUAACAAGUUGUAUGGUGAAAUACCCUCGGGGGGUCCUUUCAAGAACCUCUCGAGUCAGUUCUUCAUCGACAAUGAGGCAUUGUGUGGUUCUUCAAGAUUUAAUGUUCCACCAUGCCCCACUUCAUCAAAGCACAAAUCAAAUAGGAAAAAGUUUCUAGUUCUAUUUCUUUUUCUAGGACUUGCACUUUUAUUUGUUCCUAUUACUUUUGUGUUUGUUUGGAUAAAGUACAGAAGAGGUAAAAGAUCUCCUCAACAAGAUGAUUCAUUGUCUGCUGCAACAAGAGAAAGAAUUUCAUACUAUGAAUUGAUCCAAGCAACUGAUGCGCUUAGCGAGAGUAAUCGGAUUGGUUCUGGAAGUUUUGGCUCUGUUUACAAAGGCGUUCUCAGAAGUGGAACUGUCAUUGCAGUAAAAGUGUUCAGGGAUGCGGCAUUCAAGAGUUUUGAUACGGAAUGUGAAGUUUUGUGCAGCUUUCGCCAUAGGAAUCUCGUUAAAGUCAUUACUAGUUGUUCCAAUCUUGAUUUCAAGGCUUUAGUGCUCGAGUAUAUGCCUAAUGGAAGUCUUGAGAAGUAUUUGUAUUCGCACAACUACUUCCUCGACAUCCGGCAGAGACUAAGCAUAAUGAUAGAUGUGGCAUGUGCUUUGGAAUAUCUUCACCACGGGUGCUCCUUGCCAGUGAUUCACUGUGACGUGAAGCCUAGUAACGUCUUGCUGGAUGAAGAUAUGGUUGCCCACCUAAGCGACUUUGGCAUUUCAAAACUGCUUGGUGAAGAUCAGGGUAAUUUAUACACUAAAACCUUAGCAACAUUGGGGUAUAUUGCGCCAGAGUAUGGACUGGAAGGACUAGUGUCAACAAAGUGUGACGUCUAUAGUUAUGGGGUCAUGUUGCUGGAAACGUUUACUAGGAGAAAGCCUAAUGAGUUUGAGGGAGAUCUUAGCUUGAAGCAGUGGGUGAGUUAUUCACUUCCAAAGGAAGUAAUGCACAUCGUAGAUGCAAACUUGGUAACACCAAUGGAUAAAGGCUUACAGAAGGAGCUAGAUGUUGUGGCAUCAAUCAUGAAAGUGGCAUUAGAUUGUUGUGCUGAAUCUCCGGCGAGAAGGACUAACAUGAAAGAUGUUGUAGGAAUGCUACAGAAGACCAAGAUUCAGCUUCUUGAAUGUGGAGCAUGUAGUACCAAAUGACUUGUUUGCUGCAAACUUUUGCUAAAUUGUUGGUUAUUUUUUUGGUUUUAGCACUUGAUUUGUGCAUUGAUUCUGUUUACAGGAAUCCUAGCUGGUUGCAAUGAAUCUCAUUACUGCCUUUUAACUAAA